UUUAAGUUUGAGAAUAGUCUUCGGUAGUUCACUCAGAGAUUCAUAGUACAACGCGCGCGAAUAUAGCUUUGUUUUCACUAUGAGUGUUAAUGCAGAUGAAUUAGAAGUCCCCCAAUGGGUUGAUAGUGAUUUUCUGCGAAUGGUCAUUGAAGAAAGUGGAAAAGGGAAAAAUGUUGAGGUUCACGACUUCAAGAGCACUCCUGCUACUGCCCUUGGCGACCACUAUGCCAGCAUAAUGUUUCGCAUUAAAGUCACAUUUACGGCAGACGGAAUUAAAAAUGGAGUCAUUUCUCUAAUUCUAAAAACUUGUCCAGAUGCUGAUGGGCUGAAAAAGGAACUACUUAAUAAUAUUGACUCCUUCAGCUCGGAAAUAUAUAUGUAUACAAAAGUAUUAAAUGAUUGUAGGGACAUUUUGGAAAAAUGUGGAUACCGAGAUCUUCUUGCGCCAAGAAUUCUAUACACUUCGCUGGAACCACGUAAAGUCCUCGUUUUUGAAGAUCUUAAGGAGUUGGGGUACUUUAUGUUUCCAAGAGAUGCUCCGGAUGAAUAUGAAACGAGACUUAUUUUCUCCAAAUUAGCGCAACUGCAUGCCGCCACCUUUAAACUCAAAGCCGAUGGUCGUAACGAUCUGAACUUCAAAGGCUCAUUCAAUAUAUCCUAUGCUAGGAAAUUGGACUUUUGCAUAACAGGACCACAAUUUUUAACUGAAGUAAUGGAGACUUUACCUGGCUUUGAACCAUAUGCACAAAAAAUGCGUAAAAUUACGGUGGAGUGGUUAGUGAAAAAGUGCAUAGAAAUAACGAAUCAACCUGCGUCAUUCAGCGUCCUUAAUCACGGCGACUUUCACAUACGUAAUAUGAUGUUCAAAAGGAAUGAAUUUGACGCAAUUUCUGAGAUCGCUCUGGUGGACUUUCAAGUACCUCAUUGGGGGUCGCCAGCUUACGACCUACUUUAUAUGGCGUUGAUCCUACCGUACCGAUUCCGCGAGAUGGCUUUUAGGCACUAUUUCAACAUCUUCAUUGAUGUCCUGGUGAAAACGGGAUAUGAGGGCGAAUUACCUACGUACGAACAACUGCAACAAGAAAUUAAAGCUCAUAGCUGCAUUGAUUUAUACUUCCAAUCGACUAUGGGACUGUUCCUGCACAUGGACAGGAGUAAAAUGGAUUUCCAAAUGGAUGCAUUCAUGACGGAUCGAGCUUUAAGGAGGAGUGUGUACAAUGGCGAAGCGUACAUUGCUCAUAUCAAGGAGGUUGUUCCAAAGCUGCUGGAUGAAAUCACUAUUGAAUGAAAA